UUGGGGUGGGUAGCGCAGUCAGUCGGAGAGCACAGCAAGCGUGCUAAUUGCAAAUAAAUGGAAUUGAAAUGGUGUGAUGAACUGCCCCAGUCUUGUGGGUUUUUAGGAGAAACAUCAAACUUGUUGUCUGGGAACACAUAACUACUAUGAUCAACACAGAGGCAAUACGAGAAUUUGAAGCCAAAGGAAGAAAAUCCAGAAGCAAUCUUAAGAAAUGUUUAGCUUCCGCAUUGUCUGCAGACCUCAACAGGUUGCUGCAGGAGGAGUUAGAGGCAGACGUCAGCCUGUGUACGGUGGGCUCCUGCACCAGCUCUACCCCUCUCCUGGUUCACAGAGCUGUUCUCCUGGCCAGGGCCCCACACAUACUGAGGAGGGGUGCUCAUCCAGACCCCAAGACCAUCCAGCUAAACAACUAUGACAGCACGGAGCUGAAGCAGUAUAUCAGGCGAAUGUACACAGCAGACCAACGCAUGGGCUUGGCUGGAGAAGGAAUCCCUGAGGACUUAGAGUCGCCUACUAUUGUCCUCAAUGGUCCCGAUGCCGAUCUCCACACUGACUCAGAUAAUGCUGUGGUUGUGGAGCCAGCCUCUGGUCUUGGAGCAGACCUGUUGGAUCUCUACCAGAGAGGAGAAGGAUCUGACAUCAGCAUCCAAGUAGGGGAGCAGGUCUUCUCCUGUCACAGGGCGGUCCUGUGUGCGCGGUCUCAGUAUUUCCGAGCUAUGCUGUGUGGGAGUUGGAUGGAGAGCUCCAGACAAUGCAUCACUCUACAGGGUUUGGGUCCAGAUGAGAUGGAGAUUCUCCUACAGUUCAUGUAUGGUGCCAUAAUAGACCUACCACCCAGAGCCAGUGCCAGUCAGGUGGUGUUGGCAGCAGACAUGUUGGGUCUGGAGGGACUGAAGGACGUGGUGGAGAUGGUGCUGACCAGAGACUACUGCCGCUUCUUCCCCAAGCCUAUAGAUGGGGUUCAGAAAACCAUCCUCGAGUGCCUCUCCCUCACCCACACCCUUGGUCUCCAGAGCCUCCACAGUUUGUGUAUGAGGUGGGUGGCUGAACACUAUGUGAAGAGCUGGUCAGAGAGAAACUUUGCCAUGUUGCCUUGUGAUGUUCAGAGAGCUUGUCUAACUGCUGUGACUGGAGCCAUGACUGUACAGAACACGGUGACUCUGCUGUGUGGCAGUGAGCAGUUGCUGGGCUGUCUCCCGGAGGUCAAGUGGGCUAAACAGACAGUGUUGCUGGCUACAGAACUGCAGGACCAGUGUCUGUCUGUCAUUGUCACACACCUGGCCCAGGUCACACACACGCAGGCCUUCCACAGCCUACGACGGAGAGAGGAGUCGACGCGGGAACCGGCCCUGUUGAAGAAGCUGUGUUCAGCCGUACGGGACAGGGUCACGGUGGAUAACUGUUGUGACCUGUUCACCGCUGUGGAUCACCUGGCUGGGGAGGAAGACAUUGAAGGAGAGACACCCCUGGAGGAGAGGGGUCAGAGGGAGGAGCCGUUCAGGCGAGAGAUUGGUGCGCUGCGCGCUAGGUUGUGGACCUUCUUGCUCCAGUCAUUCUACGCCGUCCGCCACACGCGGGGAUGGGAGACCCUGCCCUCCAAGCACCGAGAGCGGAUACUGGCAGCUGCUCUUGAUAAAGGAGACAGUAGAAGACUUGGGAAAAAGCCUGUUUUUACCAGCUCACAGCAGCCAAGGGGUGUAAGAUGCGCCUCAGGUCUUGCAGCUCCGUGUGAGAGCCCUCCUGUCCACAGGACCAAUCGGGUCGUCAGGAACACAGGAACAGGAAGUUGCUCUACGGCUGCAUCAUCAGCCACCAUGAAGUCAGACGGGCUGGGCACGCCAGUCCUUCCAGCCACCGCAGAGAGAGGGACUAACGCUACCAAGCCUGGAGACAGUGACCCAUCCAGGGCAAAGAACGGCAAGACCAAGCAGCCAGGCGACCACCGAAGCACCACGGCUAAAGCCAAGACUACAACCUCCGCCACAGUGCUCAACGGUACAGCUGGCCCAGGGGGGGCUAGGAAGGAGGUAGCCACUGCUAACGGAUCCAGGGGCUCCCCAACGUUGGGUAAAGGGGCUAAGGACCAGGACAGGAGGCCUAACCCCGGAGCCAGGCCCAAGACCUCUCCUCCAGGCACCACCUCCACAGCUCAGGCUAGGCCAGGGAAGCUGCAGAAGAGUACAGCAGGGAAGGGUGACUCUCUUCAGGGGGCAGACAGCAGCACAGCCCACCCCGCCACCACCACCCCCUCCACAUCAGGCAGCGCCUCCCCUGACAACAGCUCCGGAAGCCCACGCAACAGCCACGCCGUCCCAGGUCUUAAGUCAAAAACGCAGGCUAAAGUUCUGACCAAAUCUCCACUGACGAAACCCCCCCAGAAAACAGACACUGCAAAGACCAACAGCCCAACCAAUAAGCCCAGCGCUAGAGAGGCCAAUAAAGCCAAGCUUCCCUCUAUAGGAAGAGCAACAACUAGAGGAACAGGAGCCAGAGCAGACACGAAGGGAAGGUGCACACCAACAGGCUCCGCUGAGAACCAUGUCUCUAGACCUGGGUCCUCCCUGAGUGCCAGAAAGCAUGCGUCUCCCAGGAAAGAGGAGGAUAAGGAUGGUUCUAAAGCCUCAGCAGACAAAGCAGCCAGGAAGACCACAAAACCAACCCCAGCUACCGCAGCCAAAUCUGCUUCUAAACCAACAAAAUCUAGCUCUGCUCCUUCCAAACAGCCUCCGCAAGCAAUGGCCAAAUCUGGACCUAAGCAGAAAAGUACCUCUGAAUCUCCUACAGAGAAAGCCUCCCCAAAGUCAGCGGGGCCAGUUAAAAACUCUUCCUCCUCUGUCGUUUCUUCUAAAACGCCUGCAGCUAAAGAGAAAGAAGGAUAUAAUGGUAAAACCUCCACGGAGACUCAACAGGCUAAUGACACUGGUGCUGAAGCAGAGAGGGUCUCCUCCCAUUCAAAUCCCAGGGAGGCGGCCUCCGAGCCAGCAGCAGGAUCAACAGAGCAGAGCCCGACACAUAACAGUAUACUACCAUCAGGCCCCCAGGGCCUCGGUGGAGGAGGGGACUCCCUCUCCUUACCCCUGAACACCAGCCCUAAGCAGAGUCCCCAGAAGUCUGCCAAACAACCAGGUAAACCUAACAGCACAGGAGGAAUCAGGGCUCUGUCUAGUCAGCCACCAGCAACCAACCACGUCUCUCAAGGGUAUGCUCUUGUAAACGGAGAGCCUGCUAAGCACACAGAGGGCACACACACAUGUAAACACACUCCUGGCUCAACCACAGAUCUUCCCCUGGACACCCCGAACCCAGGCAGCCUGAGCAGCACAGAUAACCCUCUGGAGGACUCGUGGAGCGGCCUGCACCACCAGGUCAGCCCUGAGUCAGAGUCCGGCAGCGCCACCACCUCCUCAGAUGACAUCAAGCCCCGCUCUGAGGACUACGAUGCCGGGGGCUCGCAGGACGACGUGGACGACUGCUGCUCCAACGACCGCGGCGGAACCAAGGGAGGCGGAACCAUGCGUUGCCAUGACUUUCUGGGCCGCAGUAGUAGUGACACGAGUACCCCCGAGGAGCUGAAGAUGCUGGACGGUGGGCUGCGGGUCGAGGUGAGGCUGAAGGGGCGUGAGGUAGAGACCACCAGUGAGGAGGAAGGGGUGAGGCGACGGCCACGCUCCUGGCUGAGCAGGGACAGAGAGGAGGUCCCUGUUGAGGAGGAGGUAGAGAAAGUGGAGGCCAAUGUUACAGUGAAGCAGGUCCCCGACAGCCAGCUCUUCUCCUCCGAGGAGUCGGAGGAGUCUGAGGAAGAGGAGGAUGAGGAAGAGGACGAGAAGUCAGAGGUGGAGGUUCUUCCUUGUCAUCAUGCCCCUCUGCCUCCCGUUGACCCAUCCCCUCAGUUCCAGGGCAUUAUCAACUUGGCCUUUGAGGAUGGAGCUGACCCUGACCAGGACAACGAGCAGCAGGACUACCAGUCAGCCUCUAACUUCCGCCGCUCUGUUCUGAUCUCUGUGGACGAGUGUGAGGAGCUGGGAUCAGAGGAGUGCGGGGCGCAGACUCCACCCCAGCAACAGCCUGACGACCCCGUCACACCCUGCGAAGUCUUCGAGAGUGACCCUCCUCCAGCACCUCAGUCGGCCCCCAACUCUGUGUCUCACUCUGGGGAGCACCUGGCGUCUGACCUUCCCAAAAGCACACCUCAGCAGGAACUAGGUACCGAGCAGGAGUCCAACACCAAACCCAUUGUUUUCCUCACUGAGAUCCAGGAUCCUCUGGUAGAUGACCAUAACCCCACCAAGGUGGAGGGAGUAGAGCCCAGCCCUGGUUGCCCUCCCRUGGACCCUGACCUCAGUGACCUGCCUCCCCAGGAGUGGGAGAGACCCUGCCACCUGGACCUCCGGCCUGCUGAACAGUACAGCAACGGAGGGACACCACGCAGGAACCCCUCAACCAAGCCUAACCAAGCACCUGUACCUGCAGAGAGCAAGAGAGCAGACUUACAUCUAGACUUAAAUUACCCUCAGCAGACAGGGGAGUCUCCUGCACAUGCAGCUAUCCCACAGUCCCCAGCAGGGGACAAUGAGGGACAUUGUGACAGAUUGGAUCAAACAACAACCCCGACCUGUACACAAGACCGCCGCCCGUCCAAAGCCCUCUCUCCCAUCUACGAACUGGACCUGGGAGAAGCCUUUGAGCACCUCAGCUCCUCGGACAACAUCAAGGACAGGAGCAGGAGGAGCACAGUGGGGCAGGAGGAGGAGGGGAAUGAUGAAGGUUACAAUGAGGAAAGCAGUAAGUUUGCGGAGCGUGACUGGAGCAUGCUGAAGCAACUCCUCUCAGACCAGGAGUCCAGUUUGGGCGUCAUAAAUCCAGUCCCUGAGGACCUGAACCUAGCCCAGUAUCUGAUCAAGCAGACCCUGUCCCUCUCCCGGGACUGCCUUGACGCCCAGCAGAUCUUCCUGCCCCACGAGAAGGAGACGUUUAAACGCUGGGCGGAGCUCAUAUCACCCCUGGAGGACUCCACAACUAGCAUAACUGUGACCAGCUUCUCUCCCGAAGACGCUGCCUCGCCGCAGGGGGAGUGGACCAUUGUGGAGCUAGAAACACAUCACUGACAAAGACUAUACAGAAUUAAAAGUGAAUGGAUCAUCAUGGCGUUAGAAACACAUCACUGACUGAUGGCUUUAAGGACAAAAGAGACACUAGCCUCUUAACCUCUAACUCGGUUUAAUCAACUAUACUGUACCAGGUGUCUGGUACAUUUAUCAACUAUACUAUACCAACCUUUUCUUGCCCAGGGACCCCCUCCCAGGAAAACCGGCGACCCCCCCCAUCAUACGUUAGAUUUUUUUGGGCUGACCGCUGCAGUACCCCGGUUGAAUACCGCUGAACUAUACAACACUUCUGACUGCAUUUAGGAGAAUGACACUGCUACAGUACUGUCUAUCAGGGAGCUGUUACACUUUGUCUGGACUUUUACAACAUGUCUUCUGUCUCUCUCGACAACUACAGUACAACAAUUCUUCCGUUUUAUACCUCGAUUAUGUUUUGAUUCCUCUAUUUAUUUACUGCUUUUUAUGCUGCUUUUCAUGGAACUCUUGAGUUUAUUUUAGACUCUCAAGCUGCGCUUGUUUGCAUUCAGUCCAUCACCUUCCGUUAUAUCCUUAAUACUUAAUGGACUGAGAAUUUAGACUCAUGAGCUGUUGUGCAUGCAGACAUUUUUUUGUAUGUUUACUUGGUGUUUGCAACAUUUAGAAGAAAAUAAAAAAGCUUUCUUUCUCAUGCUCUUUAGUCUUUAUGAUGGUUAGACAGUGGAGUUUCACAGAAACUAGAGAACAUGUUGGCUUUACAUUAAUUGUUGUAUAUGAAAAUAAAAAUGUGUGCUUCUAAAUACAA